UUGAGAUGAGUAGAAGAUGUCGGUUUCGGGGCUGAAGGCCGAAUUGAAGUUUUUGGAGUCCAUUUUUGACCCAAACCACGAACGAUUCAGAAUAAUAGACUGGAAACCAGACGAACUCAGUUGCCAAUUCAACGUAACAGGGGAGAAGCUGCUGAUCAUUCACUGCAACAUCACGGAAUCUUAUCCCUCAACACCGCCGAUAUGGUUUGUUGACUCCGAUGAUCCGAGUCUGGCUGAAGUGUUGGAGCGCUUGGAGGAUGUGAGAAAAGGCAGCACAUUGCUCCUUCAGCAGCUGAAGCGCCUCAUUUGUGAUCUCUGUCGGCUUUACAACCUGCCUCAACAUCCAGAUGUAGAAAUGCUGGACCAACCGUUACCCACUGGACCGAUUACCCAAGAGCGAAAGCAUGGGCCGUCAGAUGAGGUGACAUCUGAAGAGGAAGAAGAGGAAGAAAUGGGAGAGCAGGACAUUGACCUGGACCAUUACGACAUGAAAGAGGAGGAGCCAGUUGAUGGGAAAAAGUCAGAAGAUGACGGGAUUGAAAAAGAAAAUCUGGCCGUCUUGGAGAAAAUUCGUAAAAACCAGAGGCAGGAUCACUUGAAUGGUGCCGUGUCUGGCUCUGUGCAAGCCUCAGACCGCCUAAUGAAGGAACUCAGGGAGAUCUACAGAUCACAGAGUUACAAGACAGGUAUUUAUUCAUGUGAACUAGUCGGUGACAGCCUUUAUGAAUGGCACGUCAAGUUAAGGAUGGUAGACCCAGAUAGUCCAUUACAUAGUGACUUGCAGGUCUUAAAAGAAAAAGAAGGAGUGGACUACAUUCUGCUCGAUUUCUCUUAUAAAGAUAAUUUUCCUUUUGACCCACCUUUUGUUCGGGUUGUCUCUCCUGUGCUCUCCGGAGGUUAUGUUCUGGGAGGAGGGGCCUUGUGCAUGGAACUUCUCACAAAACAGGGCUGGAGCAGUGCCUAUUCCAUAGAAUCUGUUAUUAUGCAGAUAAAUGCAACGUUGGUUAAAGGAAAAGCCAGGGUGCAGUUUGGAGCCAAUAAGAACCAGUACAAUCUUGCCAGAGCACAACAGUCGUACAAAUCCCUUGUGCAGAUUCAUGAAAAGAAUGGCUGGUACACACCACCUAAAGAGGACGGAUAAGGAGCUACCACCACUAUGCACUGGGAACAUGUCUUUGGGUCAAAGUAUCUUGUUUUCUUUGGAAUAUCCCCCCCCCCCCCCCCCCCCCCCCCCCCCCCCGCGUCUCUGAUUUAACCUGGAUUAUAUCAUCCUGUUGGCGGGAACCCCCUUGUUGGCUCAUCUGACAAGUAUUCUUUCGCCCCGGUCCAGUCAAGACUGUAUUCUGGUAUCACUUUGCUUCUCCCCUCAGUGUUUUAGUACGGAAAAUAAUGUGAGGACAUCGCUCGUCCUCGGUUCUAAGUAGCCUCAUUUGUCUUAAAAAAAACAAAAAACAUUUCUCCCUUUGAUUUUGGGGAAGUGCUUUUUCUUUAGCUGCUCUGACAAAGUGGGCUUCACAAACAGUCAGUUCCCCGCUAAAUGGGAAUUUUAAAAGAAGAUGGAUACUGAAGCUCUUGAUGUGGCACCUUCCUGCACCUGUUUUUAUUGGCCUCACCCCCCCCCCCCCUCUUUUGUUUUGCUAACUGGUACAUAAAAAUGCAAAUAUAUUAGACGUAUUAUUCAGCUAUUGUUUUUAUUAUUUGAGCAUCCUAGACAAUAAAUAAAUUAAACGUUUUGGAAGCUUAUCUUAAAAAGGAGACGAACCAGCUGUGUUUUAGCUCUUUACUUUUAAAAAAUAUAUGAAGAAUAUUGGGUCAAGCAGAAUUAAGAUGCUGGGGUGUUGAACUAAGAUUAACUGUUGUCUGUGAACAAAUCCACCUGUAGUUGAUAAUUAAACAGGGCCAAAACAUCUCACAAUUUCCAUGUUAUAUCUUGUGAGGAGGAAACCGAUAUUUUCACCAGAUGUCAAAAUGAUCGGUGAGGCAUCAUUUUAGACGCUUUUACAGAUCUAAAGAGCUUUUUUUUGCCUCAUGUUCUGUUGAUACAACAACCCCGUAAGCGUUCAGUUUGGUUACUGGUCUUUUCAUUGAUUAAAAACUGCGGAGGUUUAUGUCUAGUUUGAUGCUAUAAUGAAGCCCUGUGUGUGUCUCAACUGCUGUUAUAAAAGACUUUAAGCAGACACGCACUGGGAUUGGCUUUACAGAAGGAAUAAAUGAAACGUGUUUAGAUGUGUUUGGAUUUUUUUUGCAUAAUAUUGCUCAGUUUAGCGGCAAAUUUGUUAUUCAUAUCUUCCUGACAUACAUGGAUUGUAGUUGCUUUUCCUGCCCAAUUUAGAUUUGAAACUGCUUCUCUGCUACACAACGUCCACCAUUUGCAGGGCUUUCUUUGCCACAAAUAUGAUGCGGCAUCACUACGGGUGUGCAAAAAGAUGAUGGAUCAUUCAAAACUGAUUUGAAACUCAACAAUAUUGUUUCAGCUUUGACCGCGCAACACACCGUAGUACUUCAUCACUGCUGCCGCUCAUCGUACUGCAGGACGAACUUUAUCUAUUAAUACGCUUAUUUGUUAACUCUGCCUGCAAAGGUAUGUUUGAAAUCGCAACUCAGGUAACAAACAACACUUUGGAGAAUUAGAACUUGAUUGAGCUUGCAGUUUAUUUCUUCAGAUUAAUGAACGCUCCGUACUGCUGACAUUGAGGCUUACACACACACACACUGAUCAGAUGUCAAAAACACAUGAGCUUUACAGUAAUAUGGGCCGCGUGUUUCUUUUAAUUCCAUUGAUGUAAGAGGAAGGACAGAAUGAUGUCGCAGUAGCAUGGUGACUACCCCAAGUAAUGGCUCACUGAUUUCCCGUAGUAUUUAAUGCUUGGUUGUUGGUCCCAAGUACUGAAAAAGAUUAGAUUUCGGCCUCUGAUCUUUGAAUAGUCUUUAUAAAUGAAAAACAAUACAUUUGCACAACUGGCAACAACGUGCCUGUAGAGGUCAAUUAUAACAACAAACACAUUCUGAUCUAAAUAGCUCAACGUCAGGAGAAAUUAUUUUUUUCCUAGCCCACAUCUUGUUGUUACAUGUCUGAUUAAGCGUGAGGAGGAAUCAUCAGGUCUCUAAAACCAGAGGUGUCCUCAUCUAAAGGGCCCGCGUUUUCCUGCCCAGGCCCCCUCCAGAGGGGUUUUUAAGAGACAAUUCAGAGUUUCAUGGUCGGGACGUGAUGAAAGGACUUGGCACGCUAAUCCAAUUGGACUGUGGUUCAAGAUGAUCCAUUCAUCUCAACCGUCAAUCCAUUCUCUGGCAUCAAGAUCAAGUCUGGCACCUUUUGGCUCGCUUUGGUUUUUCUUUUAUUUCUCAUUUUUCGUUUUGAUCAUGUACAGUAAUUUGUAAACUUGCAUCAAGUUUAUGAAUAAAGAAUUUUAAGAUUA